AUGGCGAUUUCUCUUCUCCACUUCACCACCUUUUUCCAAGGGCAGGAAAAGAGCAUAGAUUGGGGAGAAAACCACUAUAAAUCGGGACAUGUGGAGAGGUUCUCUUAUGCCAACGGAGAGAUUGUUGGUGUUGUCCACGCCAGCCGCAGGGAUCGGAGUUACAAGGCUUCGAUCACCCUGCGAGACGAUGGCAGCAUUUUGAGGUCCUCAUGUGAAUGCCCAGUGGGGGAUUUUAAAUGCAGCCAUGCUGCAACGCUUUGCAUUUUUGCAAUGCGUGAACUGAGCGGCACCGAUGUGGAGUGUCAGUGGAAGAAGGCUGUGGUGAAACCUCGGACGCUGCCACUGUCUGAGCUGUAUCCCCAGGAGGAUGAGACAUACAACCCUCUUGCCAGAGACAUCACUGAGGAAGACGUGGACUGGUUACGGUCAGCACUUUGUGGGGUGCAGUGUGGGAUGACAUGGCUGUUGUCACCAGAACCAGAGCCCCGGCCCCAGCAGCAGGCUCUUCCCACUGUAGCUCAGCUGGUGAGGGAGUUCAAGGGUCAGGGAAUGGAGAGAGUCCUGGCAGCACUAGAGCUCACUGAGGAGCAAUGUCUGGCCAUCCAAACUGCCACCGUGGGACAACGAAACAAUCCCGAAUGGCAGCGGCACAGGCAGGGGCGGUUGACGGCAAGCAACUUUGGAGCAGUUCUGUCUCGGCGGUCUGCUUCUCCCGUACCAUCCCUACUGAAGAGGCUGCUUGAGGGACAGAAAUUCCUGAAAUUCCUCUGCACUGAUUAAUGCUCUAAGGGCCAAUAACGCAUGGUUUCUGUUAUGAUGUAAUGAUUUACUUUUCUUUAAAUUAAUAAUGUUCUGCUUUGAUCCCCUUCUCUCUUUUAAAUCUACAUCUAAACCCCCCAACCUGGACAGACAGACACAGACACAAUUUUCAGGUAAAGUGUGGAUUUAUUGGUAGUAACUGGAUUUAUUCAAACCAUUUAUUCAAACCACUCUCCAUCCUCACGGAAGGGGGGGGGGCGUGAGAGCUGCUGCAAGCAGAAAGAGAGCUGCUGGUUUCUCUAAUUAAUGGAUGUUGCAGGUUCACCAAGGAGCAGCACAGCUGGAUCAGCACAGUGGCACAGCCUCGUAGGUGGGUGGGGAUCUUAUUAAGGAUUCGGAAAUCCUUUAUCCGUGCGUUGGCCCUUUCCACAUGAAUUCGGUUC